AUGUUUUUUUCAAUCAAAACAUAAACUCGUCUUUUAAUUGAAUCGUUUCGUCAGUUGAUUGCAAUAAAAGUGAGACUUUUUUGUAUCAUAUUUUUGAUGGCAAACAAUGAACACACAGAAUGAAGACUACGAAGACAUCAAUAUUGACAGUAAGGAUGAGUCCAAGAAUGAUGAGAUCGAUGGCGAAGACGACGAUAUUGUCGACGCUCAGGAAGAUGUGACCGAAGAUGACGAUGAGUUACAAGCGAUGGCCCAACAGUUGAGUAUAGAUUACGCCAAUUACUUCAGAUUUGACAUCACUUGUGAGAAGAAGGAAACUGAAGACGCCAUCGAAGAUCUUUUAACACAUUUGGAAGAGUUUUGCGGAUUAAUUGAUAUGAUUAGGAAUGACAAUAAUAUUUGUCUCGAAGAAGUGGUCAAUAAGAUAACGGAAAAAUCCAAAAUCAUGGACGAAGUCUACUCUAAAAUCGAUAGAUUGGAACAAUUUGUCGAAAUUGUCAAAAAAUGUGUCGACGAUAUGGACACUGAAUUAACUAAAGCGGAACAGCUUUUCGGUGAUAACAAUAACAACAAUCGGGUCAAGAAGUUUUUCAAUUCUUUUAUUGGCAACACUUCUAAACAAAAUGAUUUCAAACGACUUGAUGUCAGUUAUGAACCAAAAGAGAUCUUUAGAACCGAUGAUUAUAUUAAGAGCUGUGAUUUCGAAGCUGUUCCACAAUCCGAUGGCCAAUCAUCUAGUCGUAGCUCAAACACUAACAAUGGUUCUAUAAAAUCAGCUAUUGUUUAGCAGCCAAUUUCAAUUGCCUUCUUUGAUAUCAUUGUUAUUCAAACUUUGAAAAUAACAUUUAUUACAAAUAUUUAUACGAAUGUAAAA